AUUGCCACCACCCAGGAGACUAUUUCAGCCUCUCUGACUUUCCGCUUGACGUUCUUUGCUGCUGUGUUGCCCACCCUACAGGCCGCAUUCUUGCUGAUGGAUCUGAAGGGACCAAUACGCGCUGGUCGACUCUUUUUCUGGGCCCUUUUGUCAUCCUGCACGGUGCUUGGAGCUGCCGCUGUCCUUCUUACGGUUUAUAGCUUCAUUAUGUCAGAAACCAGCGACAAUUUCACAAGUACAAGCGCCGUCGGAGCGAUCACUGUGUCAUCAGUUAGCAACCUGUUGCCUUCCCCUGUGACGCCAUCUACAAUGAUGAAAAAAGCACCCACUGCAGCGAGCACCUCAAGCAGCUUCACCGGAAAUGCGGCGACUAAUCCAACAUACCGUCAUCAGGUCAAGAAAUUAGAGUUCACUUGGGUCUUUGGCAUCAAGCUCAUUCUGUAA